AUGGCGGACAUCACCAACAAGGACCAGCCUGACUACUCGGCCUGGAGUAACACUAGCCUGAUCGCGCGCAUUACAGAGUUAGAGCGCCAGCUUCACUCUCAGACGACUGAGUUUACGGUGCCGGCCGAAGAGCCGUCGCAGAGACCCUGCUCUUCUGCGCCCAUCACCGCCGACGUCCAGGAACCCGCGAUACCUCUUACUGAAUCAUUCAAUACUUCUAAGAAACGACCACACUCUCCUCUAGACAGCGACAGUACACCGGUGGCUGCGCCGUUGCGCUUUGUUAAAGUCCAGAAACCCCCGAAAGCCGAUCGCACUUUUGACCCCUCCAAAUACUCAACGCGAUUCAUUGCGCUCAAGUUUGCAUACCUAGGCCAGGAAUACAAUGGACUCGAACAUACAAAUGGCAAUACCACGCCUCUACCCACAGUCGAAGAGAUUCUUUGGAAGGCACUGAAGCGUACACGGCUCAUCUCCCCUGAGACCACUUCGGAUCUUGAGCCGCCCGAAAGAGAGGCGCGCGUCCCCAUGCGCCCCUACCAUCUUUACUGGGAUGGAUGCGAUUACUCUAAAGCAGGUCGCACGGAUAAGGGCGUGAGCGCUUUCGGGCAGGUUAUUGGAUUGCGGGUCCGCAGUCAACGACCCAUGCCCAAGACCCCCGCUGAGGGCGAGGAUGCGAUGAGCAUUGACUCGGGAUCUACAGAAAAGGAGUGGGAUGAUGUAGCCGAUGAGAUGAACUAUAUCAAUAUUCUGAACAGAGUGCUUCCGGAAGACAUCAGAGUUCUGGCGUGGUGUCCUAACCCGCCGCCUGGUUUCGAUGCCCGCUUCUCCUGCCGUGAACGUCGGUACAAGUACUUCUUCACUAACCCAGCGUUCUCUCCCACUCCCGGGUCCAUUGGGUUCCAGAACCGCGCACAGAAUGGCAAGGGACCACGUGCUGAAUUCCGCGAGGGCUGGCUCGAUAUUGAGGCUAUGCGCGAGGCAGCUAAGCAUUUCGAGGGUUCGCAUGAUUUCCGGAAUUUCUGCAAGUUAGACACCAACAAGCAGAUUGAUAAUUUUGAACGCAUUAUCCAUCACUCUAGUAUCGAAGCUGUCAAUCCCAAGGUCAACCCCGUGGGCUAUGUUGGAAAGACUGGAUUCCAGGCCAAAGAGGGUUGUGUGCCUGAACCGGAUUUGGUGACGCCCGAUACGGUUUCUCAAAGUAUCCCUCAGGUCUACUCGUUUAACCUCCACGGUUCUGCCUUCCUGUGGCACCAGGUGCGGCACAUGGUUGCAAUCUUGUUCCUAGUGGGACAGGGCCUCGAGUCCCCAUCCAUCGUCCCUGAACUGCUGGACAUUGCUAAGAAUCCGCGAAAGCCAACCUAUGCGAUGGCUGACGAUGCUCCCUUGGUCCUCUGGGACUGUAUUUUCCCUGACAUCAAGUCUGGCAGCCGUCUGGAUUCCUUGAACUGGGUCUAUGCUGGUGACAACCCUGCAAACUGCAAGGGAAGUGCCAAGGGUGACAGCAAAUUUGGGAUGCGGGGCACCGUUGAACGGAUGUGGACUGUCUGGAGAAAGCGCAAGAUAGAUGAGAUUCUAGCGGGUGCUCUCCUAGACUUAACUGCCAGCCAAGGCAACCAGAACGUGGAAGACCUCGACGAGCAAUGGCUGAACGCGGGAUAUUCCAAGAGAUCAAAUAGAGGUGCCAAGAUUUGGUAUGGCGGAAACGACACUUCUGUUGGUGGGAAAUAUACCCCUGUCGAUAAGAAGUCCAAGAUGGAGACCGUGGAGGUUCAAAAUGCCAAAGGACUUGUCAUCAAGCAGCGGAGACUAGCAAAGGGCGAUGCUGCAAGGGCUGCACUGGAAUGA